UAUAUUAAAGUUCAUAUUUUCCAAUUUUGCUUUCCAUAUUCCUGAAAUUUUAGAGUAUAGAAAGAGCAAAUAGUAAUUAAAUUCAGCUUCGUUUCUCUACAACUCAUACAUGUGUCCUAGUAAUACUAACAGUAGUUGUAGUAGUACUAAGAUUUAAACUUAAAGACCAAUGAAGAAUUUGAAGUUAAUAUAUGUGACACAGGUAGAACAUAAAACAUUAAAAUGUGAUGAGGUGAGCAAAGUUUGUGUCAACUCUGAGAGUCAUGUUGUGUAUAUUGUCAGUAAGGAAAAUCUUUAUGCUGUAUCAGCUGAAACUGGUGAGUUUUUAACAUCACUGGAACCUGGAAUAGUUGUUGCUUUUACAUACUUAUAUGAACAACAGUCUCUCUGCAUUGCUAUGGAAAAUGGAAAUUUGUUUCUUGUGAACAUAUUCACAAAGGCAGUUGAAUGUGUUGGUUUUGUGCAAGGUGGGCUGCUUGCAACAAGUUGGAGUCCUGACCAAGAAAUUAUUAUCUUUUUAACAGCUCAAGGUACUUUGGUUCUGAUGACAAAAGAUUUUGACACAGUUCUGGAAAAAAGCCUGCAUUCAAAGGAGUUGGGUGAAAUUCAACCAGUAACAGUUGGUUGGGGAUCAAAAGAGACUCAAUUCCAUGGAUCAGAAGGAAAACAAGCAGCAAAACUUCAACAACAGACUACACAGCAUGUGCUCACUUGGGAUGAUAGGCAAACUCGCAUCAGUUGGAGAGGAGAUGGACAGUUUUUUUGUACUUCUUUUAUUGAUCCAGAAAAAGGGUGCAGGAAGUUAAAUAUAUGGAACAGAGAAGCUGUACUUCAGUACACUGCUGAGGAAGUUGAUGGCUUAGAACAUCCAUUGGAUUGGAGGCCAUCUGGUAACCUCAUAACUUCUUCACAGACAAAGCUAAACAAACAUGACAUUGUCUUUUUUGAAAAGAAUGGCCUUCGACAUGGAGAAUUCACUCUUCCAUUUCCUCCAGGAUCUUUCAAGAUUAAAGAAGUCUUAUGGAAUUCAGAGUCUACAAUAUUAACCAUUUGGGGUCAGCUAAUACAAGAGAAAAAUGGUUACAAUGAACACAGAAUAUUACUGUGGACAACCAGCAACUAUCAUUGGUAUUUAAAACAAAGCCUCAGCUUUAACAAAUAUCAUGUGACAGCGGUCUUAUGGGAUGUAAUAGACCCAUACAUGCUUCAUGUGACUUGUUCUGGCGGACAUUACCUUUGCUACAAAUGGACCUGGAUGGUUAACCACAGCAAGAGCUACUCAUCCGAUGAUAAUGCGUGUGUUGCUGUUAUUGAUGGGGCUCAUCUAAAGGUGACACCAUUUCGUCAAACAGUCAUUCCCCCACCAAUGUGUGCAUAUGAGUUAGAAUUUCCAGAUACUAUAUCCCAGGUUGUUUUUCCCCCCAAAAUUGCAAGCAACUACGACAUGCUUGUAGUUUUAUCAGAUGGAAGAAUAGCUCUGUGUAAUAAGAAGGACAGCUCUACUACUCAGGAAGACUGUUGUGUAAUUGUAAAAAAUGCAGGACAAAAUGGCUUUAAGAAGCAGGGUCUUGUACACUGUGUGACCAGCUUAUUCAGGGUUCAGUGGAGUGAUAAUAUCAAUGUUCCAUUGAUUCCAAUGUGUAUACAUCACUGGACCUGUGUUGCUGGUGAUACUGUAGUAUGUGCUUCUCCUGUUCAGGGUAGAACUGCCUUGUUGUCUGUCAAUUUGAAGAAUCACAAUACAGACUCAGAAAAAGUACUGGGAAGAUUGAUAUCAAUGUUGAAGGCUUCUUUGUUAAACAUGUGUACAAACAAUGAUGGUGAUAUUGUGGCUUUACAACUUACUGACGGUCUUGUGUUAAAAUAUAUCCUUGAUACUGAGGUCAUCACUCCUUGGGCUACAGACCAAGGUGAUUUGCAGUUUCCACAACCCUGUAGUACCAUGGCAGUUUGUAAAGUAGCAGGAAAGGACCGAGUGUUGGGUCUAACUGAGAGGUUUUAUUUCUACUGUGACAAUGUUCAACUUUCCAGCAGCUGCACUUCAUUUUGUUGUAAUAGAGAUUUCUUAUUUAUAACCACACAUGACCAUACCCUGAGAAGUCUGAGUCUUAGCCACGAACUACCUCAAAUCAUGGAAGGUAGUUUAGUACAUGACAAUAAAGAUAACAUUCGGCAUUUAGAGAGAGGAUCAAGAAUUGUUGUGACAGUGCCAUAUGAUACAAAAGUGAUAUUACAAAUGCCACGUGGAAAUAUUGAGUGCAUCCAUCCUCGUAGCCUUGUUUUAGCUAAAAUUCUUAGUCUCCUAGACAAGUACUGUUCAUACGGAAAAUCAGAAGAUAAAUUGAAGCAUGGCAAGCAAAAAAAAUUAAAAUACUUGUUAGGAGUUUUAACUGCACAUGUCAAGAAAAAGCAACCUGAACUUGAAGAUGCUUUGGUGAAGAUAAAAAAGCUCAAAGACUCAACUUCAAACUGUGAAAUUACUCCUCUUGUUUCUGCUGAUGAAGCAUUAAAGUACCUGUUAUACAUGGUGAAUGUAAAUAAACUGUUUGAUGUUGCUCUUGGUACAUACAGCUUUGAUAUGGUCCUAAUGGUGGCUGAAAAAACCCAGAAGGAUCCGAAAGAAUACUUACCGUUUUUAAAUGAGCUACAACAACUGGACCCUACUUAUCAAAAGUAUAAAAUUGACUUACAUCUUUGUCGAUUUAGAAAAUCACUCCAUCAUUUAUGUAAAUGUGGUAAGUAAAUGUGAUGUCAGUAUUGUAUUAAGCACUGUAUCUAGUGUUCUAAAUUUCUUAUCUUUUAACAACAUUUGUAAUAUACUGUAUAAUGAAAUCUGUUAAGUUUGUGUAUGUAUAAUAUAAUAGGUGGUGUGUUUUGUAGAGCUGAGCAAUUUAAUUGAUAU